GCCGUCGGGAGUCCACGAGGGAUGCCGCAAACUCCGAGAGGAACGUCUCAAACUCCGAGGAGAGGUGUUUCAACGUCGAGAGAGCGGCAAGAGCAAUCUUCGGGACAACUGCCAUCUCAAAGAGCUGCUCAUCUACCAGAUGAACAACGAGAAGAUUCCGCGAAGACUGCUGACACGUCGCCUUCUGGUAAAGGUACUUCUGAUGCGCAGUCUAUUACAAGAACUACAGUUAUGACGACGUCGUCUGAUGCCCCUUCAUCUUCACCUUUGGUUAGAAGAAGACUUCGAACCCCAAGGAGGCCAGUAGAUACGAUUGAUAUCCGACCACCCGAGCCAUGGGAUAAGCGGAAGUUAGCAGGCGUGUCUCCAAAGAGCGCUUCUGAUUAUGGCCCUCGUCAUGAUGAAUUUAAUACCAGUACUAGAAGUAGCUAGAUUUUGUGUUCCCUUUCUCGUAGCAAAACCUUAGACUUGAUGUUCCCUUUAUGUUUAUGAUGAUCAAUUUGUUCUUAAAGAGUCUGAUGACUGACGAUUUAAUGUGCUGAGUUACAGGAGCUUGAUAGAAGAGUUCUAGAAACAUCGACUCUCUGUUUCUAACUCAAGCGUCGCGUGCUACGGGAGCAGGAGCUGGAUAAGGCGAGGGAGGCAGCAGCUUUUACACGUAAAGUCGCUGCCUCUAAGUUAGAGAACGACUCCGCGAAUCCUAGGGUCGAGAAACCCCAAACUCCACGGCGCAUGUUGGUUGUAGCAGGCUUAGAAUGGGACCCGCAACGGCCCGAUGCAGAGGGCGUGAUAAAGCUGGAAAUGGUGCCACAGCCACCUAAAGAACCGAAACCAGCUGCGACGAAAGCUGCGAAUACGUGAAUGUUUCGUCGGAGCGGGAGAUGUAUGGGUGAAGAAUCGAUCCGAACGGAUGGAAAGAUCGAAGUACCCUUGCUGUCUGUGUAGGGUAGGUAGAGCUUGUGGUUCAUGAUGUCGUCGGUUGAUGUCUUUAGUUUGAGAUGUUCUAGUCUUUGCGAAGAACCAUCCAAAAUUCGAUCAAUAGAUUAUAUAUAAGAGAUAUUGACAGUAGUUCUACAACGACUCCUUGCAUGUAUAGCUAUAGAUUUAUUCUCAUCGGUAAAAAAGGAUUAUGAAUGUUGCUGAGCAUUGCACUUGCGCGAGAGCUUUCUUUCUAAAGCAUUGGUUUGAACUGAAUGCACAAUUAUUGAAGCAGUAGACGUGAAGAUAGAGCUAAAGAACAAACACCUCCUGGAAGCAG